AUGGACCUUAUGUCCCUCAGCCGCCAACAACUCUGUGGGACUGUCAGUGAGAGUGGAGCCCUGAAGGCAAAAGGUCCUGACCCUGAAGGCAAAAGGUACUGCAGUGUUGCCUCUUGGGCUGGGGCUGCUCUUCAUGCGGUGCCUCAUCUGAAUACGGACUCGGACCGCAACUGCUCCACCCAUGCGGUAUAG